UCUCUUUCUUCACUUCCAGGUGACGUUUUCACGCUUUACUGAUAGCUGUCAGCGACACGGUCUGUUGGGCGUCGCGUCGCGGAGGAACCAUUCUGUCGAGAUACUCUUUGGAAACGCGAGAAUUUUGGCCAUGAUAUCAGGGUUUUCCGGCCACGUGGAUCGGCUGGAAGGGUCGGAAGGCGGUCGUAAUGGCUCUGCCGGCACCGGUGAAGGGGAUAAGUCCGUGGGAGGGCCUGGACGCGCUCGCCCGAGCCAAGCGCGCAGCUGCGGGAAUCCCUGAAAAGCCACGUCAGCCGGUUACUGUAGCAGCGGCCAGAUUCGCAGAAGAGGGGGACGACGAAGGGGACCGGGGGGGGGCUGAGGGGAAGGAAGGGGGAGGCGCAAAGUGGGUCGCUGAAGGGGAAGAUGGGGGAGGGGGGAGAGGAGAGGGAGGAGGAGGGGGGGAAGGGAGUGGGGGGGAAAGGAGCGGUGGAGGAGGUGGCAAGGAGAGGCGGCGGUAUCGCGUGGCGAGGAGCGAUGACACCCCCACCCACGUGUCGACAGUCACACACCUAUCGGGUGCCUCACCGGGGGUGCAGGACUCACCUUGUGACCGAGACCCACGAGGAGGCACAGCCGUUGGAGCAAUCAAGCAGGGAGAUGAGGCAAGCCGCGUCGCUAAGAGAACCCGAGUGGAUUCUGCAGAUGUGGCAAACGGUGCUGCUGACAGGGCAGGUUCUGCCAGUUUGAUUACCAGCGGAGAAGGGUCAGGGGGCAGAGGGGAGGGGGGGGGAGAUAGAGGGAGAAGGGGCAGCAGGUGGGACUCGAGGGACGACAGCAGAGGGGGGAGAGAUGGGGAUGGCGACAGGGAGAGGGGGAGAGAGAGGGAUGAGGAGAGAAGGGGCAGGGAUCGCGAUUCCGAUGGACGCAGGGACAGAGGCAGGGACUACGACAGGAGAUCGCCUAGACAUGGCUCCAGGUCUCGCUGGGACGAAGACGCCACCCCUCGCAGGGACAGGGACACAUAUACUCCUCGCAGGGAUUCAGACGGCACGCCAGGCAGAGACAACAGGGACAGGGGCAGCACGCCGCGCAGGGGGUCCAAGUGGGACAUGCCUUCGCCCUCCCCCUCCCCCCGCUGGACCCCCUCCCCCGCCCCCUCCCCCGCGCCGUACCGCCGCGAGCCCUCCUUUGUGCCGCCCUCGCCGUCUGACUCGCGCCUGCUGUCGCCCUGGGAUGGCGGGGGAGGCGGCAGCACGCCUUCUGUUGGUGGGUCUGUGUGGGAUCUCCCGUCCCCGUCCCCCGUGCCUGUGAGGGCAGGCUCGGCCACACCUGUCUCGCAGGGUCGGGACGGGGAGGAGAGGGAGGGAAGCGUGCAAGCAGAUGGGGGCCGGGCUCGCCGGUCGCACAAGCUUCGGUUCCGAGCCGACUCUGCAGCUUCGGAGGGCGUUGCUAGCACUCGCCGAAGCACAGUGGGAGGCCAGGCGCCAUCCCAGCUGGAGAGCGAGUGGGACACAGACUACCGUGCGGAGAGAGGGGCGGGGGAGGGGGAGGUGCUGGGGGGAGCAGAGGAUGAGGGCAUGCGGCGGGAGAUGGAGGAGGCUGAGCGGCAGGCCGACCGCUCCUGGUAUGAUUCUGAGGAGGCAGGCAGUGUGUUUGACUCGGGCGAGGGUUCCAACCCCUUUGGGGGGUUUGGGGACGAGCAGGCGUUGGAGGAGAAGAAGCAGGCUAAGCAGAAGCAGGCGGCGCAGCUGCAGAAGCGCAUGGUGCGGUCCGACGGGUCCGCCAUGUCGUUGGCCGCCAGCAAGAGGUUGACGCAGCUGUCUGCCGACCAGGCCACCUGGGAGGACCGCCAGCUCAUGCGGUCGGGCGUGGUGCGCAACGCUGCAGAGCUGUCCACGGAUAUUGAUGAUGAGGACGAGAACCGAGUCUUGCUGCUGGUACAUGAUACGAAGCCCCCCUUCCUGGACGGGCGCAUAGUGUUCACGAAGCAGCAGGAGCCGGUGAUGCCGCUCAAGGACCCCACGUCCGACAUGGCCAUCAUCGCCAGGAAGGGUUCAGCGCUUGUCAGAGAGAUUCGGGAGAAGCAGCAGCAGAACAAGAGCAGGCAGAAGUUCUGGGAGCUGACCGGGAGCAAGCUGGGGAACAUUUUGGGCGUGAAGAAAUCUGCGGCUGAUGUGGAUGCGGACACGUCAAAAGUCAACGACGAGGGCGAGGUGGACUACAAGGACAAUGUGAAGUUCGCGGACCACAUGAAGGGCACGGGCGGGGCGGCCAGCGACUUCGCCAAGACCAAGUCGAUAGCGGAGCAGCGCAUGUACCUUCCCAUCUACUCCGUGCGCGACGAGCUGCUGCAGGUGAUUCGAGAGAACCAGAUUGUGGUGGUGGUGGGGGAGACGGGCUCUGGCAAAACAACACAGAUGACACAGUACCUGCACGAGGCCGGGUACACGACGUACGGCAUGGUGGGCUGCACGCAGCCACGGCGCGUGGCGGCCAUGAGCGUGGCGAAGCGGGUGGCGGACGAGAUGGAGUGCGAGCUGGGGUCCACCGUGGGCUACGCCAUCCGGUUUGAGGACGUCACGAGCAGCAACACGCUUGUCAAGUACAUGACGGAGGGAGUGUUGCUGAGGGAGUCACUCAGAGAGCCGGACCUCGACCAAUACAGCGCCAUCAUUAUGGACGAGGCUCACGAGCGGUCGCUCAACACGGACGUGCUGUUCGGAGUGCUCAAGCACGUGGCUGCCAGGAGGAGGGACUUCAAGCUCAUUGUCACCUCCGCCACUCUGAACGCCGAGAAAUUCUCGCACUUCUUUGGCAGCGUGCCUGUCUUCUUCAUCCCCGGUCGCACCUUCCCCGUGAGCAUCAUGUGGAGCAAGUCGCCCUGCGAGGACCCAGUAGACGCCGCAGUGAAGCAGGCGCUGGCCAUCCACGUCACCAUGCCACCUGGCGACAUCCUCAUCUUCAUGACUGGACAAGAAGACAUCGAGGCCACGUGCUUCUCCCUCGCCGACCGCCUCGAGCAGAUGGCGGCCGGCGCCGCCCGCCCCCCGCCGCCCCUCUCGAUCCUUCCCAUCUACUCGCAACUCCCCGCGGAUCUCCAAGCGAAGAUCUUCCAGAAAGCAGAGGAGGGCACGCGGAAAUGCAUCGUCGCAACGAACAUUGCCGAGACGUCGCUGACUGUGGACGGAAUAUUAUACGUCAUCGACGGCGGGUACAGUAAAAUUAAGGUGUAUAACCCACGGAUGGGUAUGGACGCACUGCAGGUGUUCCCCAUCAGCCGGGCCGCAGCAGACCAGAGGUCCGGCCGAGCCGGGAGGACAGGCCCAGGAACAUGCUACCGGCUCUACACAGAAACCGCAUACGCGAAUGAGAUGCUGGCGAAUCCGGUGCCGGAGAUCCAGCGCACGAACCUGGGGAACGUAGUGCUGCUGCUCAAGUCGCUCAACAUCGACAACCUGCUGGACUUUGACUUCCUGGACCCCCCCCCGCAGGAGAACAUCCUCAACUCCAUGUACCAGCUGUGGAUCCUGGGCGCGCUGGACAACACGGGGGCUCUCACCAAGACCGGGCGGAGAAUGGUGGAGUUCCCUUUGGAUCCUGCUCUUGCGAAGCUGUUGAUCUCGGGAGACCAGUUUGGGUGUGUGAACGAGACGCUCACUAUGGUCGCCAUGCUGUCGGUGCCGUCGGUUUUCUUCCGCCCGAAAGACCGAGAGGAGGAGUCCGACGCUGCCCGGGAGAAGUUUUUCGUGCCCGAGAGCGACCACCUGACGCUGCUGAACGUGUUCCAGCAGUGGAAGUCCAACGGGUACCGCGGCGACUGGUGCUCCGACCACUACCUCCACGUGAAGGGCCUCCGGAAGGCCCGCGAGGUGCGGGCGCAGCUGGCGGACAUCCUGAAGCAGCAGAAGAUCCCCCUCUCCAGCGCCGGGCAGGACUGGGACGUGGUGCGGCGGGCCAUCUGCACCGCCUACUUCCACCACGCCGCGAAGCUGAAAGGCGUUGGGGAGUACGCGAGCUGCCGCACCGGCACCCCGUGCCACCUCCACCCGACCAGCGCGCUCUACGGGCUCGGCACCACCCCGGAGUACGUGGUCUACCACGAGCUGGUGCUGACUUCCAAGGAGUACAUGCAGUGCGUCACGGCCGUUGAGCCGCGCUGGCUGGCUGAGGCGGGCCCCAUGUUCUUCAGCGUGAAGGACAGCCACCAGAGCCGGCUGCAGCAGAAGCAGAAGCUCAAGGAGGAGGCGAGCGCCAUGGAGAGAGAAAUGGCGGAGGCGCGGCGCAAGAGGGAGGUGGAGGAAGAGAUGAGAAGGAGGAAGGAUGAGGAGCAGACGGCAAGGGAGGCGGAGAGGAUUGUGAUGCCGGGCGUGAAGAAAGGGAAAGGGGCGGCGGGGAGACGUGCUGGGCUCUAGUGUGUGGGCUCAGCUAAGCUCUAUCCUUGGUAGAGAGGGGGGGUGGGUAUUACUACUCUACGGGUGGGGGGGUGGAGGGAUUGGGGGUGGGGUGGGGAUUGGGUGGGGGGUUGGGUGUUGGCAUUGGGAAGGAGGACCUUGUUCUCACACGUUGGUGUUUGGUUUGGCUUCUUUGGGUUCACUUCUCAUGUAACGUGUUCCAACUUUGAAGGCCAUUGUCGUCUCUGGUCCAAAAUUGUGUGACAGUGGCACAUUCUACAUGCAAACAAAGCGUGCAUGCUAAAGAAGCGAUAGAAUCUGUUGACAACCAGA